GCGAUGUGGUGUUCGUUGGCGCUGGUUGGAAGUGCUAUUGGCCAGAGGUUGGAAGUGCUAUUGGAGGUGGUUGGGGGUGGUGGUGCAAGAGCCGAGCGGCCUGUUGUUGCGCAUGCAUCCCUGGCCCCACCGGCUUUUCUUUGCUGCUGGUGCCUGCUCUUGCUCGCUCGUCCCCAGGCCGGCCAGAAUCGUCUCCUCGCGCCUGCUCUGGCCGUCUGUCUCUCGCCGUCUGUCUCUGGCCGUCUGUCUCGCUUCUGUCAGGUCCUGUCCCUCGAGGACCGCAAGCUCCGUCUCCUGGAUCUGCCCGUCUCUUGCCUCGUCCCCCCCUCGCGACCGCCGUCGAUGUUCUUGCCCGCUAUCGUGCUGGUGCUGCUCAUCGCGGCCUCGGGUUGCGCCCAGCAGUUAACGGCCGGUGUCGAGCUGGGUUGCUUUGUCAGCCCAACGGCCACAAGUGUCCUUUCUGACUACCAGACAACGCUCUCGCCAAACUCAAUCACCCUUUGCCAGUCAGCAUGCUCGCAAAAAAGCUAUCGCUUCUCGGGCGUCUCCAACGGCACCACAUGUGUCUGCGGCGACAAUUUUAUCUACGGCGCCAUGAUCGGCAACGACAUGUUGACGUCCGGGCUGUCUGUCCUCGACUCGGACUGCAAGAACCCUUGUUCUGGCAACUCAACCCAGAGCUGCGGCACCAGCUCCCGAAUCUACGUCUCACUCUCGUUUCCGCCAGGGUGCUAUAUUGAUGGCACCGUCAGCCACAUCCUCAGCGACUACACGGCGACGCCAGCUGAGUCUGUUCAGAUGACAAUGCACUCGUGCCAAGCUUUCUGCCAGGAUAAAAACUACAUCUACGCUGGAGCCGAAAGCGGUGGCACAUGUAUGUGCGGCAACAGCGUCAAUUACGGCGGCACCGGAGCCGGAUCGCCCACACCAGCGGGCUCGGCGACCGCAGCAUCCGACUGCAAUGUCCUGUGCACGGGCAACACCACCCAAACCUGCGGAGGAUCGUAUCGAAUGGCGAUUUCGCUCACAGGCGUGGCGCCCAACAUCACCAUCUCCAACAGUACCAUCGACCUGCCGAUGCUCACCGGCAGCAGUGCAUCGCUUAGCGCGCCAUCGUACAUCGGCAUCGGAGUCGGUGUUGCUUGUGGGGUCACGCUCAUAGCGGUCGCUUGCUGCAUCCGGGCACGGAGGAAACGGCGGUCGUCGCAAGCCCCGGACUUUCCUGUCCUAUCGGAGAAGCACCUGACCAUCGUCCCGAAUGAGAAACUCACCAAGGACUCGUCCUCGACUGUCACGGCUGUAUCCAGCAGUGGGCAGACACCCACCAGCGAAUCUUCCAACAGCACGGCAUCCCUGAUACGCAACGACAAGAGCUCUUCCACAUCCAAGUCAAGCCGAGCCAGUAAUGCGAACUACCUCGUGACGCAUCGACCAAGGCCUCCUGUUGUGCUUACUGCAAGGCCCGUUCCAUCCAGCCCCCCGAACGUCGAACACAAUACCAUAGACUUUGCUCGAGCUGGCUCGCGGGCUUCCAUCCACAGCAACCAUUCGCGUCCAAUGUCGAUUGUGUCUGUCUCGGCAAGUGGUGGCAACGACACCAAGCAGGCGCUGCGACACAUGUCGAUCUACGACUACGUUCACGGUCCUGGGGCCAGCGUGGCCUCGACCAACCCUCUGAGCAAUCACUCGCGUAACUCGCUCAUGAUCCUUCCCUCGCCAGUGGUCGCCAGCCCAGAGGACGGCCGCCCACGAGCGUACUCCACCCCGCUGCCGUCAGUGUCCGUGGGGUCGCUGGACCUUGACUUCAAAUUGGACUCGCUCCUCUCGAUGGGCCGAACGAUGUCGGCACAGUCCCACGGACUCCGAUCCGAUGUUUCCUCAAUUGGCUCGAAGCGCCGCUCCAUAGCCACGCGAGUGCCGGCCCAGCCCGACGAGGUGCCGAUCAGCCGGGUUGGAGAGGUGUUUGAAAUCACAGCCGAGUUUGACGACGGAUGGGGUCUGGCUCGGUCGCUCAACACCGGACAGACCGGGGCUGUCCCCUUGAACUUUCUCGAGAAUCUCGACGAAACCGAGACAGGGAUGGCCGCCAGCGCUGGACCGACAAUCGCCUGAUCCCAUAUACACCUGUUCAUAGACUUUGCGUUGCCAUCAACUUCCUACAGGCGAUUUGAUCCAGCGGCACUUUCUCCUCCGUCUUUUGAUUCUGUCGAAUAAAUCCUGUUUGCGCUCGA